UGUGCCCUGCCAGUCGGCGGGUGAUCCCGAGGGGCAGGAAGUGCCCAUCAAGUGCAACGGGCACACUGUAAAGCAUCCUGACUACGACAUGAACCUGUGCUGGAACGAGAUUAAGCGCAAGUCCCACAAUAUCAGGGUGCGACUGGAGGCCUUCUCAGACAAUAGUGGAAAGUUGCAGCUCUCCCUGCAGGAAAUCAUCGAAUGGCUAACAGCUAAAGAUGAGGAGCUCUCUGAGCAGCUGCCUAUAGCUGGGGAUGUAGCAGCUGUGCAACACCAGCGUGAGUUUCACCAGGCCUUUAUGGAGGAUGUGAAGUCCAGAGGGCCCUUCAUCUACUCAGUGCUGGAAUCAGCCCAGACCUUUCUGGUCCAGCAUCCCUUCCAGGAGCCUGAGGAGAAGAUAGCAGAUGGCAAAGAAUUGUCUCCGAGGCAGCGCAUGCUGAACGUUAGCCGCUCGGUGUGGAAACAGGCCAAUGUGGCCAGUGAUCUGUGGGAAAAGCUGACAGCACGCUGUGUGGACCGCCAUCGGCACAUGGAGCGGACAAUGGAGCGACUGCUGCAGGUCCAGGCAGCCAUGGAGGAGCUGGGCCAGGCUCUGGAGCAAGCCGAAGGUGUAAGGGACGCAUGGGAGCCUGUGGGAGAUCUCUUCAUUGACUCACUGCAGGACCACAUUGAUGCCACCAAGAUGUUUAAGGAAGAGCUGACCCAAAUCAAGGAGGGCAUGAAGCACAUCAACGACCUGGCCCACCAGCUGGCCCUCUCUGACGUGCAUUUGUCCAUGGAGAAUGCUCGAGCCCUUGAGCAGCUCAACAGCAGGUGGAAGCUUCUGCAGGGUUCUAUUGAAGAACGGCUAAAGCAGCUGCAGGAUGCCCACCGAGAUUUUGGCCCUGGAUCACAGCACUUCCUUGCUAGUUCAGUGCAGAUACCUUGGGAGCGAGCUAUAUCCCCAAAUAAAGUGCCGUACUACAUCAACCACCAGGCUCAAACAACUUGCUGGGACCAUCCAAAGAUGACAGAGCUUUAUCAAGCACUUGCGGACCUAAACAACAUCAAGUUCUCAGCAUACCGCACAGCCAUGAAACUUCGUCGUGUACAGAAAUCCUUGAGAUUUGAUCUUUUGAAACUGACCAGUGUAGCCGAAGUAUUCAGAGAGCAAGAGCUGCUGCGUAGUGAGAAUAUGAUGGAUGUGGUGGAAGUAAUCCAAGCCCUUACUUCUUUGUAUGAAAGGAUGGAAGAAGAGCGAUCUGUUCUCAUCAACAUCCCACUCUGUGUGGACAUGUGCCUCAACUGGUUGCUUAACGUCUAUGACAGUGGCCGUAAUGGAAAGAUGCGGGUGCUCUCCUUUAAGAUGGGAAUAGUAAGCCUAUGCAACGCAGACAUUCAAGAAAAAUACAAAUAUCUGUUCAGACAGGCAUGUGAGACGAAUGGUCUGAUGAAUCAAAAGCAACUUAGUCUGUUGCUGCAUGAAGCUAUCCAGAUCCCGCGGCAGCUCGGGGAGGUGGCAGCUUUCGGAGGAAGCAAUGUGGAGCCCAGUGUCCAGAGCUGCUUUCGUAUGGCUCCAGGUAAGCCAGCUAUUGAGGUAACUCACUUCCUAGAGUGGAUGAGUCUGGAACCGCAGUCCAUGGUGUGGCUUCCUGUACUGCACCGCGUAACUGUGGCUGAAUCUGCAAAACACCAAACACGGUGUUACAUCUGUAAACAGUGCCCCAUCAAAGGCUUCAGGUACCGAAGUCUGAAACAAUUUAAUGUGGAUAUCUGUCAGACCUGUUUCCUGACCGGCCGAACAGCUAAAGGCAAAAAGCUCCACUACCCUAUUAUGGAGUAUUACACCCCGACCACCUCUGGAGAUAAAAUGCGGGACUUUGCUAAGACUCUGAAGAACAAAUUCAGAUCAAGGCAGUACUUCAGCAAGCAUCCACAGAGAGGUUACCUGCCCGUGCAGACAGUCCUGGAAGCCGAGAGUGGCGAGACGUGA